GUCUUCUUCGGCCGUUGAAACACGCUGCGCGCGUGCCCGGUAAAGACGCAGAGGUUCCACGUCCCUCUGGGAUCCACACGGAGCGCCCACCCCGGCGUGCUGGAAUUGCUGAUAUGCUCCCGAGAGGCUGGGAGAGACCGUGGCGGAAAGAAGCGCACGCGCAAACGCUACGCCAAGCAUUUCCCACCAGGCUCUGCGCACGCCUACAACUCCCAUCAUGCUCCAUCGGAGACAACACUGCUUCUCGCAGGAAGGCGGCCGUUCACCCCGCCACCCGUCUUCACACCUUUAAUACUCCUCGGUGUGCCUCUGGCAUUCUCGGGAGCUCUUCAAUCCCAUAAACAAGAGUACCAAGGCUACUUCCUAAGACCUCCAAGGAGGCGUGGCUUCGGGACCGGAAGGACGUCCGGUUGCCAAGGGAACGCCACGCGCCUAGGCGCCUGCCCAGCCACUGAUGCUUCGGCUGAGGCGCAGGCAACCAGUUCACCCAACUUGUAGAUACGGCUUUGCUCAGGAGCAGGGAUUCCUACAAUGGAGGCAUAGAGACUAAGGCUGAGAGACGCCCGAUAUUUAUUCCAGAGACGUAUACGAGUGAGUGAGUGGUCCAUUCCUGUUCCUCUUCAGCCCCUGGGCCCGCAGAACUAACUUCAAAGACCAGGUUUUUACUCCGUACCGUUGUUUCUAAAGUGUAAGAAGUGGAAAAGGAAAGGAUUUAUGCGGGUUGGAAAAUCACAAUCCAGGAUUCUUUGGAAAAUGAAUAUUCAAGUAUCAAGUUUUUGACAAUCGAUGCUUUAUAGUGGAUGCCCAGAGGAUGAUGAGGGGCCUAAGCAAAAUCGAUGAUGCAGCCUCCUUUUGAUGCAGUUGUCUUGGAAACCUCAUCAUUUAAGUUGCUGCAGCUUCACAUUCUUCAAGCUGGUUUGUAAAUAUUUGAAUCACAUUAUGGGAUUGCUAGACAGACUUUCAGGCUUGCUUGGCUUAAAGAAGAAGGAGGUUCAUGUUUUGUGCCUUGGUCUGGAUAAUAGCGGCAAAACAACAAUCAUUAACAAACUUAAACCUUCAAAUGCUCAAUCACAAGAUAUAGUUCCAACCAUAGGAUUCAGCAUAGAGAAAUUCAAAUCGUCCAGUUUGUCUUUUACAGUGUUUGACAUGUCAGGUCAAGGAAGAUACAGAAAUCUCUGGGAACACUAUUAUAAAGAAGGACAGGCCAUUAUUUUUGUCAUUGAUAGUAGUGAUAGAUUGAGAAUGGUUGUGGCCAAAGAAGAACUUGAUACUAUGCUGAACCAUCCAGAGAGAGAGAAAGAAACAAGCAGGGAAGAGGAAGGCAGGCAGAGGAAGAAGCAGGCUUCCUGCUCGGCAUGGAGCCCGAUGUGGGACUCCAUCCCAGGACCCUGGGAUCAUGACCUGAGCCAAAGGCAAACGUUUAAUGGACUGAGCCAUCCAGGCAUCCCAGAAGAUAUUAAGCACCGCCGAAUACCAAUCUUAUUCUUUGCAAACAAAAUGGAUCUUAGAGAUGCAGUGACAUCUGUAAAAGUGUCUCAGCUGCUGUGUUUAGAGAACAUCAAAGAUAAACCAUGGCAUAUUUGUGCUAGUGAUGCCAUAAAAGGAGAAGGAUUGCAAGAAGGUGUAGACUGGCUUCAAGAUCAGAUCCAGGCUGUGAAGACAUGAGAAGAUAGUAUUUGGAAACCUCAACAAUUUUCAAUUCAAGGAAUGUAUCUUAAGGCAAACUGGGAAUACUUCAAAUUUUUUAAAAGAUGUUUGUGCAUCUAAGAAUGCUAAGACUUUAUAAUCUUCUGCUUGCAUUUAUGGAUUCUGAAUGAACUUUUUAAGAACAUAGGACUUCAGGUAUGCUAAUCUGACCAUUAAUUAUAUUAAAACUAAAUCUUUCCUCAGAAGGGCUCCUUCCCCAGAAUUAUCAACUUCUUGGUAAAAGUCUACAUUUGAUUGUAAUUAGAAUGUUUAAAGUCAGAUUUAUAAGCCAUCUCAAUAUCUCAUCAUGAUUUAUAAUAUCUUUAAUGCAUUUUAUUUUUUAAAUUGUCUUCUAAAAUUUAGUUUUAUGAUAUGACUUUGCAGUAUGAUUGUGCUUGGAAAAAGAACUUCAAAUAUUUAUAAGGGACCAUGGGUAAUUAAUAUAUACAUAAAAUUUUUACUAUUUGUCACUAUCAAUAAAACAUAAUAUGCAAUGUACCAACUAGUGUACUUUGUUUACGCUGAAAAGAAUAACACUGUGUUGUCGUAAUAUUUAGUGUUUUACUGUCAAGCAUUUGUAAAUUAUCUGAGACUGAAUUAAGCUGAAUUUAUUUAUCCGGUGAAUGUGUAUUGAACCUCUCUGUACCUACACUAGUCUGGCAUUGUCCUAGGCACUGGUGAUACAAGGUAAAUAAGUAAGAUAUAUUCUUUAUCCUUAGAGAACUUAAAAAUUAAUGAGGGUGAUUUUGAGAACCUUUUCAUACACAGUAUCAAUUUUAUUUCAUUGGCUGAAUGAAUAUCUUGAAUUUUAAGGUUAAGAUGUAUAGAAGUGAAUUAAUCUGAUUCUUCAAUAAUUAUUUUAACUGACUUUUUGUUUCUUUAAAAUGUGUCUUUGUUAAAAUAGAUUGUGACUCACCAAACUAUGUCUUUCCUGAGCAUAAACUGCUACAAAAAUGUUCUUUAGAAUUUUAGACACAUCUCAGCAUCUACUCUAUGCAAAUUGUGUUAGUUCUCAAAACUUAGAGACCAGUUAUCAUUGUGAACUCUGAAUAGAAGCUUUCAUUUUAAAUUAACCACUGGAAAACAGUAUAUAGAGCAAUGGUGUCAAUCCUGAAAAACAUUGGAUAUAAAGAACAACUGUAAUAUACAAUGUGUAAAACAUCUUAAAUGUCCUUAGCUGUGAAAAUGAUAAAAACAGGAGGCAAGAGGCGCCUGCGUGGCUCAUCGGUUGAUCAUCUGCCUUCGGCUUGGUCAUAGUCCCAGGGUCCUGGCAUGGAGCCCCCUGUCCUUCUCCCUCUCCUCCCCACUUGUGCUCUUGCUAUCUCUUUCUCUCUCUCAAAUAAAUAAAAUCUUAAAAAAAGAAACAAAAAAAACAAAAACAGGAGGCAAAAGGUAAGUAAUACUAGGUGUGUUAUCAUAACUGUGGUACUGCUGUAUGUGUCUGUGUCAUAGAGAUUUGAAUAAAAUCAUUUAGGGGUGCCUGGGUGGCUCAGUCAUUAAGCAUCUGCCUUCAGCUCAGGGUCCUGGGAUCAAACCCUGCAUCGGGCUCCCUGCUCAGCAAAAGCCUACUUCUCCCUCCCCUACUCCCCCUGCUUGUGUUCCCUCUCUCGCUGUGUCUCUCUGUCAAAUAAAUAAAUAAAAUCUUAAAAAAAAAUAAAUAAAUAAAAUCAUUUUAAAACUAUAAUAAAGUUUUGUAAUUCAGUUUCUCUUAGUCCAAAAAUCCCAGUGGUUUAGAACUUAGCAAAUCAAAAGUUAUCCAGAAUAUUCCAAUAGUCCAGCAUUUCAGCUAGCUUGCAAGCCUCUCAUAAAUUGUUUUGAUGAGGAUAUAAAGUGAGAGUCUCAUUAAUCUAGACUUGCCUUAAAUAUAAAAAGGACAUGAAAACACUGUAAUUUAACAAAAUACUUAUAUGUUGUAGUUUAGAAGGAUAGGAGAAUAGUUUAGGAGGAUGGAAAAAGGGUGUAUUAGAAUUCAAAUCCUUAUCCACCAGAACUAUUAUAAUAACAAUAACAGUAAUAAUAGCUAUCACUAUAUGAACACUGUAUUUUGGGGCUAGAUACUAUUACACAUACUGGAUUUUGCAUUCUUUGUCACAAUGACUUUGUGUGGUAGGUAGGUUUUAUUAUUUGUUUUAUAGACAAGGAAACAGAGACCUAAAGAAGUUACUUGCUAAAUGUCACUAGUAAAUGCUGGUGCUGGGAUUUAGAACCAAACCAUCUGUUUAAGAUAGAUGAAUUCAAGAGACAGGAGUAUUAACAGAUAGUGGAAAUAUAGAGCUAUCUGCCACAAGGAUAGCGAAAAGGAUUGAAAAGGUUCCCAUUGUGGUGGGAGACCAGGAUGGGGUGGGAAAGUCAGAGAAAAGUGACUACUGUUUUGUUUUGUUUUUAAUUUUUUCUUGUUUUAAGUCUCUAAACACUUCAGAUUUUCAACUUGGGGUAUAUAUAACUAAUAAAAAUACUUCUUAAAACUAUGCUGAUACUGAGUUAAUUGGUAUUCCACAAACAACAGUAACUCAAACCUAUGCAAAUAUUUAGAAGAAAAGUACUGACUUUUUCCUCAGUUUCCAUUAUCUCCAUAUCUAUAAACAUCUAUUCUACUCUACAUUUCCAUGUGAAGAUUAUGUAGAAGCACAUUGGGCUACAGGAUGCCAUAAAAGUGUGAAUAAGCUGAGAUUAUUGCAUUUGUGUUUAACAUAGUAUACAAUUAAAAUUUAUUGCAUUAAAACUCAAAAGUGUUUUUUCAUGUUUAUAUAUCACUCUGUUACAAAGUGUAAUUCAUUAAGCUCUAUAUUUCAAUACAAACACUUCAUAAAAUGUUCAAAACUUAUCUUUUGUAUGUAUUGCAUUUAAAUAUUUAUAUGCGGCCCUAUUCAGCCUGUGCCUUGUAAAUCACAAAAGAGCUGAGUUUUAUAUAUUUGUUUUUCAUUUAUAGGUUGUCUGCUAAAAAUUGUGAAUUAUUUCUUGAUUGCUCAAGUUAUUUUUUUCUUUGGAAUUCUUAGCAUAACACGUUGUGAUUUCCAUAAAUAUAUGCAAUUACUCGAGAAUACUUAAGGCAAAUACAUCCUAUGUGUAACUCUGGUACAUUAAAAUGCUGUAGCAUUUUAA